UUAUAGUAAUUUUACUUUUUAGUGAAUAGUUAGCUCGUUUCUCUAAAUGAUAUGGAAUUUAAAAUUCAGGUUUUUUUGAUUAAACAAAUCCUAUUAUUACUCUUUCCCAUUAUCAACCAAUAAUAAUUCCUAUCAAUUGGCAACUCUUCAUAAACUAUGGGUGACGUUAUAAUUGUCAUAGGAGGAAACGGGUUCUUAGGGCAUCAUAUCAUACAAAAUUUACCAAAGUAUCUAAAAACUUCCUCUCAUUAUGACUACCGCUCAAAAGGUGUUAUGAAUGGACCCCAAUAUACCGAUUUCGAUAACAAUACAAAAUUCGCAGCUAAUAAAGUUAGAAAAAUCAAGGAAGUUAGAAUAAUUGAUAAAAAUAUUAAAAACAGUAAUUAUGGAGAAGAAAAUCUGACCAUCGAUGUCGAAAAAAAUAUAAUGAAAAAAGCCAUCAAAAUUCCUAUAACAAAACGGAAAAUCGAUAUCCUUAAUUACGAAGAACUCGCCGAGAGUUUCAAAGAUGGCACGAUAGUCAUUCAUUGCGCUAGUCUGUUGAUUGCCGACAGAGAUUAUUUGAUAAAAGUAAAUGUACAAGGAACUAAAAAUGUGAUCAGGGCGUGUUUGCAACAAGGGAUAAGCAUACUAAUAUACACGAGUACGGUUGACGUUUGUGUGGGAAUGAAAUUAUCGAUUCAAACUGAUUUAGACGAAACUCAGAGCUAUCCAGAAAUUCAUUUAUUCCCUAACUAUGGAGGGUCUAAGUUAGAAGCGGAAUUAAGUGUCUUAAAAGCCGAUGGCCAAAGUCUACAGAAUGUGGAUACUAUGAAUACUAAUAACCAUGUAAUGAGGACAGUUUGCCUAAGACCUUGCGCUAUAUAUGGACCACUCGACCCCUAUUUUAUAACUGAGUCUAUACGGAUUGGUUUGAGAGGAAAUGAACCAUACUUUUGGUGGAAAAAGAAAAAAGAUAUGGAAGUAAAAUAUAGGUUUCCGAGGUUAAACAUAGGGAAUGCUAAAAUUCAAGCGGCAUACGUUGGUAACAUUGCUUGGGCCCAUUUAAUUGCAGUGGAGUCAAUGAAAAUGGGAAAUAGUCAAAUAGGCGGAAAUACAUUUUUUAUCGCCGACGAUACACCCAUAAUGAACAUUUAUGACUUGGUCAAACCCUUUUUCGACGCUAAGAAGAUUGAACUAUAUCCAAGAGCCGUGCCUAAAAUAUUCAUUCGCGCGCUAUCAAAACUUUGCUAUUACCUAUUUAAGUACGUGCCUUUCUGUCAAAAAUAUUUUCCAAUAACCCUCUCUUCCCUGAUUUACCUUUACUCUAGUCAUGUUGUCAAUUGGCAAAAAAGUAAAAAAGUUUUGGGUUAUACCCCAUUGUUUAACUUCAAAGAAUCGAUGGUUGAAUCGUUAGAAUUCUACAAAACUGUGAAGGAAAUAUAAUGUACAAUGUUUUAUAUUUAACCCAAUUGUGAUAAAAAGCGAAGGCUAGUCUACCAAACCUUGAUUUAAAUAUAUUUUUAAUAUUUUGCACGAUUUCUUUUAUUAUAUUUAUUAUAUUACCAUAAUUGCACUUAUAAAACCACAUAUUCAAUAUAUCGCAAAUGUAAUAGUACUUACUUUUAUGUUUUCAUUCAAAAUGAGAAAAUUGAUUUUAAAAUUUUCAAAAAUAAAAUAUUUGAAUUUAUUUAGAUUAUACAUAAUCAAAAUGUCAACUCUAUAUAUUACA